AUGGCCGGCGCUGGGGAGCUGGAGCAGUGGCUCAAUAAAGCCACUGACCCCAGUAGCCCCGAGGAAAACUGGGAAUGCAUCCAGCGGUUCUGUGACCAGGUGAAUGCCGACAUGGAAGGCCCGUCGCUUGCACCGAGGCUGCUGGCACAUAAAAUACAGUCACCUCAGGAGGCAGAAGCUCUCCACGCUCUCACAGUGCUAGAGACCUGUGUGAAUAACUGCGGUGAGAAAUUUCACAAUGAAAUAGCAAAAUUCAGGUUUCUGAAUGAGCUGAUUAAAGUGCUUUCCCCAAAGUACUAUGGAACCUGGUCUUCAGAAAAAGUCAAGUCAAGAGUCACAGAAGUGAUAUUCAGUUGGACAGUCUGGUUUCCUCAGGAAGUUAAAAUCCGGGAUGCUUAUCAGAUGCUGAAGAAACAAGGGAUUGUCAAAGAAGACCCCAAAGUGCCAGAAGACAAAAUUUUACCUCCCCCUUCUCCGAGACCUCAGAAUUCUAUUUUUGACACAGAUGAAGAGAAAUCAAAGCUCUUAGCGCGGCUUCUGAAGAGCAACCACACCGAAGACCUGCAGGCUGCCAACCGUCUGAUCAAGAGCAUGAUUAAAGAGGAACAAGAAAAGUCAGCUAGGGUGUCCAGAAGAGUGAGUACCAUCAGUGAGGUUUCCGAGAAUGUUAAGCGUAUGGAUGAAUUACUGGAAAACUACAAGAGACAAGAAUUAUCCAAAUCUGACCAGGAGACCCUACAGACGCUGUUUCAGCGCUGUGAGAAGCUCAGGCCGCUGCUGUUUCGCCUUGCCAGUGAGACAGUUGAUGACGAUGAGGCUCUAGCUGAGAUACUGCAAGCCAAUGACAAGCUCACACAGGUGCUCGGACAGUACAGGCAGGUUGUAGCCAGCCAUGAAAAUGGUGGUGGAGGAGGUUCAGCCACCAGCUCUGCUGAUGCACCAGCAGGCCGGACAGCCCCAAGACGCAUGAAGAGCUACACGCUGAUUGACUUCUCUGAACUGGAGGCAACAUCCCAGUCUCCUACAGACCAAUUUGCAAACAUCACCACCGCCUCCCGGCACGGCAGCACAACCUCUACAUGUCUGCUCGAGGAGUUACAGUCGUUAGGUCUCAGCAACUCUCCUGUUGAACAGAAACCACCGCCCGAUUUUGGCUUACCAGAGACUGCUGCACACAAUGGAUAUAGUGAAAUCAUAACUGCUGUUCAAACACUGGGACUGCAGGAGAGGUGGGAAGAUGGCUGUUCAGAGAAGAAUGAAUUUCAGGGCCUGGUUGAUCAGCUCUCUCCACCAUCCAGGACCAAGACAUCAUCCUUGGAUUUAUCACCAGUGAAAUUGCCCUUUGCAGAUCUUCCAAAUAGCUCAAUGGCAGAUACUUCAUUCUCCAGCCUAGGCUACGAGCUGAAGCCUGCUGCCUCUUUGCAUCCAGCUUCCCUUGAUGCUUCUCUAGAAAACCUUUUUGUUCCUUUAAUUUCAAUUAUACCGAGCAGUAUCUGUCCACUCACUGUGUAUGACAGGAAUGGUUUCAAGGCUAUGCUCCACUUCUCCAGAGACCCGGCUCCUGGCCGACCAGAUGUGCUGGUGAUGGUUCUUUCCAUGCUGAGCACAUCAGCUCAAGCAAUUAAGGACAUAGCGUUUCAGGCUGCAGUCCCAAAGACCAUGAAAAUAAAGUUACAGCCAGCAUCUGGUUCAGAGCUGCCUGCCUUCAGCCCCCUUCUUCCCCCCACGGUGGUAUCCCAGGUCCUGCUGCUUGCCAACCCACACCGGGAUCCCAUCCGACUGAGGUACAAACUCAUGUUCACACAAGGUGUGCAGCCCUUCAGUGAGGUGGGAGAGGUGACUGGCUUCCCAGAAGCAGAGCUCUGGGGCAGGAGCUGA